CUACUGGCCGACUGUUUGUGGCGCAAGACAUGCAAUUUCUAGAGAGCUUCAGGUGAGGGAGAUGAACCGGAAGGAUGUAGACAUAUUUAUUGUCGUUUGGGGAGCGUCAUCCACGUCCUGAAAAUACUGACACAAAUCGCGACACAGAGCGCUUUUGUAGCAUAUCAAACGUACUCGUACAAGUGAAAGUAAUGGCAGGCCUCGAAUUACUGGACAUUAACAUGUCGUCCGAGUUGGAGGGUAAACUUCGGCUUCAUGCCAAAAAAGGUCACAUAGAGGAAGCCAGGAAUGACAGCGUGGCGCUUGUGAGUGUGGACGAGACGUGGACCUGCGAUGUGAUAACCCAUGUUGUUUCGUCUGACUUGGUGUAGGCGAAUGAGAAGGUGGU